AUGUCGGCUUCGAUUCCCUCUGACCGUCCUCCAAAGGAUGAUGACUCCUGCUCUACACAUUCCGAGGACUCUGACAUCAGCAAUGAGGAAGGAUGGGAGGACGUUGAACCUGACGAUGAGACCCAGCCGGUGGUUGGCCUGUUCUCCGAGAAGGUCUAUCCCAAUGUGCUUUCCAUGCUACAGGAGACCAAGGACAAGUACAACUUCGACCUGCGAAGGACACAAAAAGAGCUCGAUCUGGAUUUCCUGGGUACUAUAAAGCUGGUGAACUAUAUUCGCUCUCAAGUCAAAGCUGGAAAUCUGUCUCCCGACGUGUCUUCCAAAUCCAACUUCGAAGACGAGGUUUAUCUGAAGCCCGUGCUUGAGGAUGACGCCCUUCUGUAUAGCUUGGACGACAUCGAAGACCAAGACUCGGAGGUUCCCGGUGGUACUGAGGCAGAGAGGCGCGUAACUGAGCUUCAGGAGGACUUGGAACGUCUGCAGAGUCAGUUCUCUGAGUACAGAAUUGCCGUCCAGAAGUCGUUGGAAGAGCAGUUAUCAAAGGAGGAUGAAAAACUUACCUCGUCUGCUUCCUCGGCCCAACGAUCUACUAGCAAAGCUGAGGCAAUUGAUUCCGACUACUUCUCAUCCUAUUCCUACAAUGGCAUUCACGAAUCUAUGUUGAAAGACGCUAUUCGUACUGAUGGUUACCGCGACUUUAUCUAUGAGAACAAGCAUCUGUUUAAGGAUAAGGUUGUUCUGGACGUUGGAUGCGGCACAGGAAUCCUGUCAAUGUUCUGCGCUAAAGCAGGUGCCCGGAAAGUCAUUUCGGUGGACAACUCAAACAUCAUUGAUAGGGCAAAGGAGAUCAUUCACGAGAAUGGCUUUGGGGAUGUGAUAACAUGCAUCCGUGGCAAGAUUGAAGAAGUCACUCUGCCCGUUCCGCAAGUCGAUAUCAUCGUGUCCGAAUGGAUGGGCUAUUGCCUUCUGUUUGAAGCCAUGUUUGAUUCCGUCAUCUAUGCCAGGGAUCGUUAUCUGGCACCUGAUGGAUUGAUGGUCCCGUCGCAUGCUACACUGCGUAUUGCUCCUUUUGCCGACCCUGACUUCAUUGCCUCCCAUAUCUCGUUUUGGAAUGAUGUCUACGGUUUCAACAUGCGGAGCAUGCUCACGGGUAUAUACGAUGAAGCGCUUGUCCGUCACGUGCAACCAUCGACUAUCCCUGGAGACUCUUCUGUUUUCUUACCACUCCCACUGCAUACAAUCACAGUCGAGGAACUGUCUUUCUUGAAGGAGUUCCAGGUUACCUUGAAAGACGACAUUGACUCGCUUGAUGGCUGGGCUAUUUGGUUUGACAUAUUCUUUAUGCCCUCCAGAGAUUCCCCUAUUUCGGACGAUGCCAUCCCUUCGGAAAUGCAAAAGAAAGGCUUUGUUGCUUUCACUACCGGCCCUUAUGGCCCGGAAACUCAUUGGCAACAAGGCAUCCUCCUCAUCGACCAUGGAAAGAAGAAAGCCCUUCCUUUGAAGAAAGGUCAGACGAUUACCGGAAAAGUUGGCUACCAAAAGAAAUCAAAGGAAUCGCGGUCUCUGGAUAUCUCCAUCGAAUGGAAUGUUCAAGAGGCUGAAAAGGGCACCCAGGAAUGGAGUUUGCAGUGA